CGCCAAUCCUCAGCGCUGUUUCCACUGAUGACGGUGGAUUUUGAGCACCUUCAGGCUGGAAAACAUCAGAACUGGCAACACAAACAUCUUCCUUGAUUAGUGGACACACGCUUCAAAGCCUCGACACGGAAGUUCAUACGACCAUGGAAACACUCGGAAAAACUUCAUAAAACAGCGACUGGGAUGUUGAAAUCCGAGCUGGGGAUCAGAUAAGAGCUUCAUCGAUUCAUUUAUUGAUCAAUACAUGACCUGAUCGAUCACUAAUUGUGUGUUUUGAGUUAAUGCAGACAUUUUCAGACAUUUUCCAGACAGUCUGCUGUAUGAUGUGGUGUGUUUUUUGACUUUUAUCAAGUUGGCCGACUAGAAAAGUGACUUUUGAACGAGCUGUCUAACUUGGCCGUCUGUAAGCAGAGAGAGAAAAUGUCUUCUGUAUAUGAGCUCAUCUGUCCGGUCUGUCGGGACAUUUUUAGAGACCCUGUCCUUCUGUCAUGCAGCCACAGUGUUUGCAAAGCCUGUCUGGACACAUGGUGGAGAGGGAGACAACUGCAGGAUUGUCCAUUUUGUAGAAGUGCAUCUCAAAGUGACAACCCGCCGUGUAACCUGGCGCUGAAAAACCUGUGUGAGACUUUCUUACUGGAGCCUGUCUGCAGUCUGCACAAUGAGAAACUCAAACUGUUCUGUCUGAACCACCAGCAGCCAGUUUGUCUGGUCUGCAGAGACUCUAAGACACACAGAAACCACAUGUUUGGACCCAUCGACGAAGCUGCAAAGGAUUAUAAAGAGGAGCUGCAGAAAUCCCUGAAGCCCUUACAGGAGAAACUGAAGCUCUUUGAACAAGUUAAAGGAAACUGUGAUCAAACAGCAGAACACAUUAAGGUCCAGGCCCGACACACAGAGAGGCAGAUUAAGGAGCAAUUUAAGAAGCUUCACCAGUUUCUACAAGAGGAAGAGGAGGCCAGGAUCUCUGCUCUGAGGGAGGAAGAGGAGCAGAAGAGUCAGGUGAUGAAGGAGAAGAUUGAUGCGCUGAGCAGAGAGAUAGCAGCUCUUUCAGACACAAUCAGAGCCACAGAGGAGGCGCUGAGAGCUGAACACGUCUCAUUCCUGCAGAACUACAAGGCUGCAGUGGAAAGAGUCCAGCAGCGCCCCCUGCUGGAGGAUCCACAGCUGCUCUCAGGAGCUCUGAUAGAUGUGGCCAAACACCUGGGCAACCUGACCUACAACAUCUGGGACAAGAUGAAGGAGAUGGUCUCCUACACUCCUGUGAUUCUGGAUCCAAACACUGCUCAUCCAGAACUCCUCCUGUCUGAAGAUCUGACCAGUCUGAGACGUGGAGAGGAACAGGAGCUUCCUGGAAACCCAGAAAGGUUUGAUCACUAUCCUUCUGUUCUGGGCUCUGAGGGCUUUGACUCAGGGACUCACAGCUGGGACGUUGAGGUUGGAGACAGCACAGACUGGGUCCUGGGUGUAUCAACAGAGUCUGUCCAGAAGAAGGGACAGCAGCCAUGUGGUUUAUGGAGAAUUGGGUACUUAAACGAUAAUUACUCAGCUCGCUGCACAUCAGAUCCCUCCACUGGUUCUGUUCUUCCAGUGAUGAAGAAGCUCCAGAGGAUCAGAGUUCAUCUGGACUGGGAAACAGGAAACCUGUCAUUCUCUGACCCUGAUACUGACACACACAUACACACCUUCACACACACCUUCACCGACAGGCUGUUUCCAUACUUUUACACUGGAGACAAAGUGCCUCUUAAAAUAUUAACAGCUAAUAUGUGUGCAGUUGGGUGGGCAAUUAAUGUCCCCAAGGGGCCACAUGACUAAUACCACGAAGGUUGCUGGGGCCGGACCAAAACUCUGAACUAAUGCUAAUAUUAAUGUAAUCGCUUUAUAAAAUACAGUAAAUUAUCUGGUUUUGAGCUGCUACUGAUAGGAACACAUGUUAUGAUGAGACUGUUAAUGUGGAGUAAAUCAAAUAUGGCAUUAAAAAGUAGUAAAUACUCCAAUCACUAUAUCACUUUUAACUUUAACUUAACAUUUAUAACUGUUAAUUACCUUUAGCAAGGUUCUUAUUGGUAUAUUUGUAUUAUAGAGCUUGUUUUUUUCAUGUUUGUAAAUUUUCUAGGUGUUCUACAAUGUUGUGAUGCUUUUAUUUUGAAAAGGUGCCAUCCAGCAUGAAAUUGGUGCUUUUAUUUUGAAAGGUAGUGACAGGAAAUAACAGGUAGAAUGGUAAAAAUUAAAAACGAACAGUAAAUAAUAACGAGUGCGUAGUAAUUCAUAUAAAGUUGAUAUAAAGUAUCAAAAGGCUUCUGUAGUGGCUGACUGACAGGACACAAGGUUUGUUAGAGUUUAUUUUAUUCUGUCAUAUAUAUUAGUGGCUAUAUUUGUUGUCUUAACUAUAGUAAAAGUGCUUGUUAGCUCCAGUGCUAAUGCUAAUGUUUGUUAGCUCUUAUGGUGGAUUCACAAGGUGACGAAGAUGUCUGAUUUUUAUGUUCAUGGAGCGAUUUUAAAUAAAUCUUGUGAACUAUCAGUUAAAGCAGUAGUUCUCAACCUUUUUGAGUCGCGACCCCCAAUUUAACAUGCAUGUUGUCCGUAACCCCCGCUCACUGAACACAAUCUCACACACAGUUCAGAUCACCCAAAAGAGAAACAAAAUGACCAAAAAAAGGAAACAAAAUGACCAGAAAAGACACAAAAUGACCAAAAAAGACACAAAAUGACAAAAAAAGACACAAAAUUACCCAAAAAAAGAAACAAAAUUACCAAAAAAAAACACAAAAAGACCAAAAAAAGGAAACAAAACGACCAAAAAAGACACAAAUUGACCACAAAAUGAUAAAAAAAAAAGACACAAAAUGACCAAAAAAAGACACAAAUUGACCACAAAAUGAUUUAGAAAAAGACACAAAAAAGACAUAAAAUUACCAAAAAAAAGAAACAAAAUUACCAAAAAAAACACAAAAAGACCAAAAAAAGGAAACAAAACGACCAAAAAAGAGACACAAAUUGACCACAAAAUGAUAAAAAAAAGACACAAAAUGACCAAAAAAAGACACAAAUUGACCACAAAAUGAUUUAGAAAAAGACCCAAAAAAAACAUAAAAUUACCAAAAAAAAAGACAUUAAAUGACCAAAAAGACUAAAACACAUGAACACAUGAACACUUUAACACAGUGGAGACAGAGCUGACUUCCAAAAUGAUUUGGUGACCCCCAGAAAUCAUCUCACGACCCCAGUUGGGGUCCCGACCCCAAGGUUGAGAAUAGCUGAGUUAAAGAGUCGAGUCUUUGCAGGGGGGUACGUAAACCACCUUCAAAAUAAAAGCACUGCAGUUGUGUCGAACUAGUUUCUGGGUAACCUCAUGCGGGCCGGACGAGGGCAGCCAACGGGCCGGAUGUGGCCCGCGGGCCGCCCAUUGCCCAGCUCUGGUGUAGAAGAUGAAGCAAGACAAAUAACCAUGAAAGGAAAACAAACAGAUGAUUAUUAGCACUUAAGACACAAUAACUGUAUUAUUUCUGUCAUGUUGUAUUUCUGAAUGUAUUUGCUUCCCUUUGUGUUGAAAAGGGGAAGGAAAGUUUCUUUUGUUGGAGCAGAAAUGUCUUAUACCACAGAUAUAUUUACACUUUUCUAUUGUGCUGUCAAACUGCUAUGUGAGUACAUUAUUUUUUUUAUAAUCAGCCAUUUAUGCUUAAUAAUCCUUAGACUUUGUUUAUGUUAGAGUGGUGAUAUUUGUAAGCACUCAAUGUUGCAAUUUCGAGAAAAUACUCCGUUAUGUUCUUGGUCAGAAGCUGGUUUAAAACUAUAAAAAUAAUCAAAACUGAAUAACAGUUUUAAAAAAUGUAUUAAAUUAAAUUAUCAUUAUUAUUAUUUAAUAAAAAAAAAAUAAAAAAAAUAACAAAUACUGAAUUUCCCCUCUGGGAUAAAUAAAGUAAUUUUUAAUUUUUAAUUUUGAAAAACAUUUCUGCAUCUAUAAAAUCAAAGCUUGGGUUUCAGACGGUUAAUUGAACUUUUAUUGUUUUUUACUUGUUUUAACUUUUUUC